AUGUCGGCAACGAACGAGGAACUGCCGAGUAGGUGGGAAAUAGAGCUAGAGUUUGUCCAAUCACUUGCGAACAUGCAAUACUUGACAUACUUGGCGCAGACGGGUCAUUUGGAAGAUCCCAGAUUUUUAAAUUAUCUCAAGUACCUCGAGUAUUGGAGACAACCAGAGUAUGCGAAACAGUUGGUAUAUCCAGAUUGCCUACACAUCCUUACACUUCUACAGUCUGAGGAAUUCCGGAAGCAAAUAUCAAAGUUUGAGGUGAGCUCCGUGAUUUAUAACGACAUGGUUGCCAGAUGGAAAGCACCUUUGGAGAAGGAAGGAGAUAGAGUACAGCUGGAUGGAGUACCUAAUGGGGAAAGCAAAGAAAAGACAACAGAUAAGAAAGAUGAAAAAGACCAAGAGGAGUUGGACAAAGAAGUUGGGGUGGACGAAGGAGCGAAAAUUAAAGAGGAUGCAGAUGCGAUGGAUAUCGAUAAGCAAUAG